AUUCAAUCUGUGUACCAGGCUUUGAUCCAAGCCUUAGCAUGAUGACUGGAAUCACUCCGAUUAACCCAAUGAUACCAGGCAUGGGGUUAGUGCCACCGCCACCACCAACAGAUGUGCCUGUAGUCAAAGAAAUAAUUCACUGCAAAAGCUGCACACUCUUCCCUCCAAAUCCAAAUCUUCCACCACCUUCAACAAGAGAGAGACCUCCUGGGUGUAAAACAGUGUUUGUAGGAGGAUUACCAGAAAAUGCAACAGAGGAAAUUAUUCAGGAAGUCUUUGAGCAAUGUGGAGAUAUAACAGCAAUUCGAAAGAGCAAGAAGAAUUUUUGUCACAUUCGUUUUGCAGAGGAAUUCAUGGUUGAUAAAGCCAUUUACCUUUCUGGUUACCGCAUGAGAUUAGGAUCUAGCACAGACAAAAAGGAUUCAGGUCGCCUUCAUGUUGAUUUUGCUCAGGCAAGAGAUGACUUUUAUGAAUGGGAAUGCAAGCAAAGAAUGCUGGCCAGGGAAGAGCGCCACAGACGCAAAAUGGAAGAGGACAGGCUGCGCCCUCCUUCUCCCCCAGCAAUAAUGCAUUAUUCUGAACACGAAGCUGCUUUGCUGGCUGAAAAAUUGAAAGAUGAUAGCAAGUUUUCAGAGGCCAUCACAGUGCUGCUCACGUGGAUCGAGAGAGGAGAGGUGAAUCGUCGCUCUGCAAACCAGUUCUAUUCCAUGGUGCAGUCAGCAAACAGCCACGUUCGCCGGCUCAUGAAUGAAAAGGCUGCUCAUGAGCAAGAAAUGGAGCAAGCCAAGGAGAGCUUUAAAAAUGCCUUAACAGGGAUCCUCACUCAAUUUGAGCAGAUUGUGGCCGUUUUCAACGCUUCUACCAGACAAAAAGCUUGGGACCAUUUCUCGAAAGCCCAGCGAAAGAACAUAGACAUUUGGCGAAAGCAUUCUGAGGAGCUCAGAAAUGCGCACAGUGAACAGCUCAUGGGAAUCCGCCGGGAAGAAGAGAUGGAAAUGUCUGAUGAUGACAGUGGUGACAACCCCACUAAAAAACUGAGAGCAGAUGAUUCAGCUGCCCAAGCUUAUGCACUUAAGGAAGAGAAUGAUAGUCUUCGGUGGCAGCUGGAUGCCUACAGGAAUGAAGUGGAGCUUCUGAAACAAGAGAAGGGACAGCACUUUCGAACAGAAGAAAGCCUUACAAAGGACCAGCAGCUGCAGUUCCUACAGCAGACGAUGCAAGGCAUGCAGCAGCAAUUGCUGAGCAUACAGGAAGAAUUGAAUAACAAAAAAUCCGAACUGGAGCAAGCCAAGGAAGAGCAAACGCACACACAAGCAAUGCUUAAAGUCCUACAGGAACAGUUAAAAAGUGCCAAGGAAUUAGCAGAAAUCAAUGGGCAUGAUGAAUCUCAGGCAAAUGUAGGUACAUCUAUAUAU